CUGCUCCUCACAGCUCCCCCUCCACCUCUGAGUGGAUCCUCCUCUGAGUUUCUCUUCUUCCUCAGAGCUCCUCCUCCUCCCGGUCCUGCAAGGCUCCAGACUUCUCGACUUGGUUUCAGAAAGCACCGGUGGCUGUAGUCGGGAUUGAGAGGUGUUUCCAAAGAAACCCAAAGAGCAGCAGGGCAGCCAUGAGGAUGCCGACGGGGUCUGAACUGUGGCCCAUAGCCAUAUUCACGAUCAUCUUCCUGCUUCUGGUGGACCUGAUGCACAGGCGCCAGCGCUGGACUUCUCGCUACCCUCCGGGCCCUGUGCCCUGGCCUGUGCUGGGCAACCUGCUGCAGAUAGACUUCCAGAAUAUGCCAGCGGGCUUUCAAAAGCUGAGAUGUCGCUUUGGGGACCUGUUCAGCUUACAGCUGGCCUUUGAGUCGGUGGUUGUACUGAAUGGGCUGCCAGCCCUGCGAGAGGCACUGGUGAAAUACAGCGAGGACACCGCUGACCGGCCACCGCUGCAUUUCAAUGACCAGUCGGGCUUUGGACCACGCUCUCAAGGUGUGGUCCUCGCGAGGUAUGGACCUGCCUGGCGUCAGCAGCGGCGCUUCUCUGUGUCCACCUUCCGUCACUUUGGCCUGGGCAAGAAGUCACUGGAGCAGUGGGUGACAGAGGAGGCCAGAUGCCUCUGUGCUGCCUUCGCUGACCAUAGUGGAUUCCCUUUCAGCCCUAACACUCUACUGGACAAAGCAGUGUGUAACGUGAUCGCGUCCCUCCUCUUUGCCUGCCGCUUUGAAUACAAUGACCCACGCUUCAUCAGGCUCCUGGACUUGCUGAAGGACACUCUUGAGGAGGAAUCUGGAUUCCUGCCCAUGCUCCUGAAUGUGUUCCCGAUGCUCCUACACAUCCCAGGGCUUCUUGGCAAGGUAUUCUCUGGAAAGAAGGCCUUCGUUGCCAUGCUGGACGAGCUGCUAACUGAACACAAGGUGACCUGGGACCCUGCGCAGCCACCCCGAGAUCUGACUGAUGCCUUCCUGGCUGAGGUGGAGAAGGCCAAGGGGAAUCCUGAGAGCAGCUUCAAUGAUGAGAACCUGCGUGUGGUGGUGGCUGACCUGUUCAUGGCGGGGAUGGUGACCACCUCCACCACACUGACCUGGGCCCUGCUGUUCAUGAUCCUGCGUCCAGAUGUGCAGUGCCGAGUACAACAGGAAAUCGAUGAGGUCAUAGGGCAGGUGCGGCGUCCAGAGAUGGCAGACCAGGCACGAAUGCCGUUCACCAAUGCUGUCAUCCAUGAGGUGCAGCGCUUUGCAGACAUUCUCCCUCUUGGUGUGCCUCACAAGACUUCUCGUGACAUUGAAGUGCAGGGCUUCCUUAUCCCUAAGGGGACGACCCUCAUCAUCAACCUGUCCUCAGUGCUGAAGGAUGAGACUGUCUGGGAGAAGCCCCUCCGCUUCCACCCUGAACACUUCCUGGAUGCCCAGGGCAACUUUGUGAAGCAUGAGGCCUUCAUGCCAUUCUCAGCAGGCCGCAGAGCAUGCCUGGGGGAGCCCCUGGCCCGCAUGGAGCUCUUCCUCUUCUUCACCUGCCUCCUGCAGCGCUUCAGCUUCUCCGUGCCCGCUGGGCAGCCCCGGCCCAGCAACUAUGGCGUCUUUGGUGCUCUGACCACCCCGCGCCCCUACCAGCUCUGUGCUUCACCCCGCUAAGGGGAGGCACAGCAUCUCACUCACUGUGCUUGCUGGGGUCCUAGUGUGCAAUAAAUGGUUUUACUCUGAA